CUCGUGAACACAUCGAACAAGCAGCAGUGCUCCAACGCGUGUGUUCAAUAAACCUCUGUACGGGGUAUGAUAGAGCGUGUGUGUGUGUACGAGGUUCCCGUGCCCUACAGCAGAGAAGUGAACAGUGAAGUGUUGCUGUGAUUGUACUGUGAAAUCCAUUAAAAAAAUCAAAAAUGUCGCAAGGAUAUGGUGCAGUCGCGGUCGGUGUGCUGCUGUUGGCGCUGGUUUGUCAAGGCGCAGUCGGUGAGCCUGAUCCCGGUCCGGCCGGUGCCGGCAAUACUCCAACCAAACUGGACGACUACGUGCUCAACACUCAGUCCGAGUGUUACAAAUCCAAGCGGCUGCUGUCCUGCUUCAAGUAUCGCUUCUCGCGUUACCUUUGGUCGUUCGCUACCGGGCGUAUGAAUUGGUUCGCCUCGGAGAACCAGGCCGUGGAGACCACCGGUGGGCUGAAGCUCGUGCGGCUGAACGAACCGAAGGAGGACGAUGUGUUCCCGGAGGCGCGCCAAAUAAGCCAGUACGACAGCGAGAUCAUCAAGGGUGCCAAGUUCCUGCAACGAUCACUCAACACCUUCAUCGCAAGCCACGGUGUACAGGUGGGCAUGGGAGCGGAGAGUGGGGCUCGCUUCAUGGCCGACGAUGACUUUGAAGCCCGUGGCAAGAAGCAGAAGCAGCGCAAAUGGAGCCUGAUCCUUCCGCUCGCCGUCAUGCUGAAGCUGGUGCAUCUGAAGCUGCUCCUAAAGCCGAUCCUGCUCGGUGUGGGACUCAUCCAGGUGCUGCUGAUUGCCGGUGGGCUGCUGCUGUUCCACUUCUUCCGUAACACGAACAUCUGCAAGAUACAGCCGCACGUCAUUCACGCCCAUUCCCACAUCUCGAGCGAAUCUAGUCCCGAACUGUCCUAUGCCUCGUACGGUGCGUACCCGUCCUAUUCGGCCUCACCGUACAAUGCGUACAGCAAGGAUUGGGCCAGCAACCGAGCGUACAGCGGAUACAGCUUCCUCGAUGCCAUCGAUAAUCAUAAGAUCUAGAAUGUUCAGCGUGACCCGUUCCAUAGUGUAAACCCUGCCGACGGUUCGAGCCUCAACCUGUCCCCACCCUAGCUACUCUAGUCCUGCUUCCAUCUUGACAGCACAUUUUCGCCUCUCUCUCUUCCCCUCUGUCUGAAGCAUUUCUCUUUUCUUUUUCCAAACACGUCAUUCUCUAUCUGAUGCUUCAUUUUUCCUGCUUAAGCACGCACCCUCUGCUUCAUCUGUAGCUUUUUUCAAUUUUCGCUUCAUUCUUCACUCUUUGUAUUCCAUCUGUUGGCUGCUCAUUUUACGCUUUUGCACCAAGCUGGAAUUUAUGUUUCCCUCUUAUCAAAAGCUUGCCUCCACACAUUUUAUUCCUCUGCUCUUUCCAGGCGUCUAUUGGUAAUUUGAUGAUUAAUGUAUUUAUUUGUUGAUUUAAUUAUUUAUUGAAUUAUCUAUUUGUUCGUUUGUGUGGCAUUGCAGCCCAUAGUAAAGCGCCCAUGAUAAGUUUCCCACGCUCAUGCUCAUGAUAGGAGAAGAGAAGAAAGCUAGCCAUGCUGAAGGAUACGGGUGACAGUGUCCUGCAUCUGGUUAGCCCACGUAGAUAGAAUAAAACAAAAAAAAAACUUAACACGGAUGCGGUGAAUAAAUCGU